UGCUUCUAUCUUUCGACUGCUAAGCGCCGCGUUCCCAGCGCUUCUUUAUCGCAUUUAAGGCCUUUGGCUUGAGGUCUGAUGUUCCGAACUAGUGCGGUCCUGAUCACCAACAUGUAUGGUCGAUACUAUCUUCCUCCUCCGCCACCUCAGCCGCAGCCGCAAGUACCUCCCGCAGAGUGGCUGCAGGCCGUUGUCAAAGCCGUUAGGCAGUUACCCGGAGACCCUUUGGCCGUCUUCGUCCAGAGCUGCAUGGAAGGACCGUCUCCGGUCAACAGACGCAAGCAGCCGCAAAACGACUUCUGUGCAAUUCUGAAUACUCAGGGUCACAAGCUGCCUUGCAGCGUUUCCUUCGUCCGCUUCAGCGACACUUCCCAUCAGGUCAUUUACCAGUUUACCAUUGCAAUUCGACACCAGUUCGAGCACCGUAUCACGCUGAAGGUCCUCCAGCGCAAGAACAGGAUUGACUUAUCCACCGACAACUUGUUUGUCAUGUUGCAGACGGCCAUUGAGAGGGGCAUGGUCGAAUACAUGGUCAAUCUGGACGUCAUUUUUUCCGCAGUUUUCAAAGCAAAGGGCACCUUUUGGACGAGCAGGGAAGCCGCUUUGAGAGGCCCAAAUCUUGUACCAUGUUGUUCGAGUGAUCAAAGCGACGAUGGAUGGUCCUUGUCGACAAGCAUGAAGACUGUUAGUGCUGCUCCUGUUUGGCUUUUCCCCUCAUAG